AUGACUUGUUCUUCCGCUCCAAAUAUUAAAGAAGAUGAACAAGUUAGAAUUUUACAAGACUUGGAGACUAGAAAACGAAUCAAGGAAAAGUGGAAUCAAGCCUUUGAAUGGGCAAAGGAAAUGUCCUUUGAUGAUGCUAUUGAAAAGGGCUGGAUGGAAUAUUCGCAAACUAGAAAGAAUGUCAAGAUUUAUCAAACGACUAGACGAAUUCAAAAUGAAAAGUUUGAAGGACAUAUGUGUAUUAGAGGAGAUGUUUUGGUGGAGAAGUGUACAGCAGAGGAAUUUAUGACGCCUUUUACUUGUUUGGAUAUGGAAAUAAAGAAGAUUUUGGAUCCACUUGUGAAGAGAAAUGAAGAUGUUGAAAUGUGGACUGAUGAGGAUGGUACAUUUAAGAUUCAAUACUUUUUAAUUGGAACAGCUCCAUUAGUUUCGGAUAGAGAUUUCAUCUAUGUUGUGAAAAUUGGUAAAUUGACACCAACGAUAUCCUAUGUAGUUUCAGCAAGUAUUCACUCUGAGACUUAUGAACCACCAUCGGAUUUUGUCACAUCAACAAAAGCUGUUCGUUCACACAACUAUUUCAUUUCAAACUUUUAUGAACAAUUGGAAGAUGGAAAUUUGAAAGCAACCUAUUGCACUUGUUCAGAUCCUAGAGGUUGGAUUCCAACAGCACUCACAAAUACAUUCCUGCAACAUCAACCUUUAAAAAUGGCUGAUAUUGCCAAAGUUGCACAAAAGAAUUUAUUGGAACAUUAA